AUGAACUAUAUGGUGCUAUUAACUUUGGAUCAAAAAGGGGAACUGAUGUCCUUUUCGGCCGAUGUACAAAAGAGCUGGUACGACCCGAACCUAUCUUGGAACCCAUUGGCGUACGGGAAUGUGUCGCGGAUUCUCAGCGCAGAAAGAAGUUUAUGGCGACCUGAUAUUGCAAUAGUCAAUGGCGCCGCCGAAGACGACGUAAUUCCAGCUAGCGAUCGGUACGCGGUGAUUUUUAGUGACGGAACGGUACAGCUGAGUGCCCCGGCCGUGUACACCACUAGAUGCUUACUAACGCUUUCGUCUUUUCCUUUUGAUUCUCAAGAAUGUGAAAUUCGGUUCGGCUCCUGGGUGUAUACCUUGGAUGAAAUCUUAUUGGUGGCGCAGGAUUAUGUUUUAGAACCUGGAGCAGAAUAUAAAGGAAACAGCGAAUGGACCGUGGAAAAUAUUACCGCCUACAAUUACGUCGAUCACAGCGAUUCCGGAAAUGAUUAUGGAGAGCUCCACUAUACGAUAAAGCUAAAACGCAAAUCAAACUACUACAUUUACGUGCUCUUCCUGCCAACGUUUGUGGUCUCUACAUUGGCCAUUUUCGGGUUAUUUACGCCUUUGAACAACGAGGGGGAUAGGGCGGAAAAGGCAACGCUGGGGCUGACGACACUGUUGUCACUGGCAGUCAUGUUAGACAUCGUCGGCCAGGAUAUGCCCAAAUCGGCACCAUUGCCAAGGCUGGGCCGCUAUGUUCUUGGUGAAAUCAUCAUCUGUUCGUUGGGUGUCCUAGCUUCAAUUGCUUUGCAAAUCACCCAUCAACGAAUAAACACCCGUGAGUUCAUUCCGAGCAAAAGUCUGGCCAAGAAAACAUUUGAGAAGUUCCCAAAGAGUGAGCCCUGUAAAAUGGGGAUGCGAGUCCUCCGCUCAGCCGGUGAUCGUGAUUUCAAAGUAGCAUUAGGGGAGCUGGAAUGCUCAUUGCAGAAAGUGUGUGAAUAUAUUGCAUGGCUAGAGCUAAAAGAAGAAUUCUAUACUUAUUGGAUCCGGUUGUUUGAUGUGAUCGAUCUGCUAUUGCUACUCUUAUUUCAAGCAGCCAAUGUUAUCCUGACGGCUGUGAUUGUCCUGUUU